AUGUCGAAACGGACAAGCAGCGUAGCCACCAAUGGCAAGGCAGCCAAAGAUGCUGCUGAUAGCUUCGCCGAGCCUGCCCACGACAAGCAGAAUCUCCUUCUCGCGGCCGACCCCGGUCACUUUUCUUUGAUCCGCGCCCUCCACCUCGCCGACGCAAUUACCCUCUGUAAUGGAGCUUGUGGUGUCAUGUCAAUUUUUACCUCUUUGCGCUACUGUCUUGGCGAUCCCUCGUCCACUAGCACGCUGUACCUCGCCCUCUCCUUCCUACCAUUUGGCCUCUUCUUCGACUUCAUGGACGGUAAAGUUGCACGUUGGAGAAAGAAGAGUGGUAUGAUGGGCCAAGAGCUUGAUUCUCUGGCUGACCUGAUCUCUUUCGGCGUCGCUCCUGCUUCUGUGGCCUUCGCCCUUGGUUUGCGCACACCCAUCGACCACCUCUGCCUGACCUUCUUUGUCCUCUGCGGCCUCACGCGUCUCGCUCGCUUCAACGUAACUGUCGCCGCUCUUCCCAAGGAUGCAACUGGAAAAAGCAAAUACUUCGAAGGCACUCCCAUCCCUACCAGUCUUGGCCUUGACGCUGUGAUGGCUUACUUGGUAUCUCAGCGUUGGAUUCUUCAGGACCUUCCUCUCGGAACGUGGCUGUCGGGAACUGCACUGGAAUUCCACCCCAUUGCUCUUGUGUUCGUGGUUCACGGAUGCCUUAUGACCAGCAAGAGCAUUCAUAUUCCCAAGCCUUAG